CAGAUGCUGCGGUGUGAAGGUGAGCGCCUACGAGAGCCGAGCAGUGCGUCGCCAUGACCCGAACGGCGCUUCUCCUCCAGUCCCUCAUUGGUCUGAAUCUGCUCGGAAUCAGAGGCAGUGCAGCGACUGACAGUCAAACAGCCGUGCCCCAAGAAAUCAUCUACGCUACACUGGGGCUGCCACUCGACCUCACCUGCACCUAUAACUGCUCCUCGGGGUGGGUGAGGGGCAACUGGUGUCUCUGGAAAGUGGGGCAGCCCGACUGCCAGCCUGUACAGUCAAAGGUCAGCCUCUCAGAGCAGAGGGGUGUCUGUGGCGUAUCCCUGUCCCUGCGCCUGGCCUCGACUUACCCCGCCGCACGCAACUACUCCUGCUUCUCCCUGGACACCAACAGUCCGGAGCUGUCUGGCCGGGCAGAGCGGCACGUGAUGGUGCAAGUCCAAGCCUCACCCAGUUCUCCAGUGCUGACAGUAUCAAGGGAGGAAUCUGGAUCCUCAAAAGUAACCUGUACUUCUGGGGGCUUCUACCCCAGGACGGUGACAGUCACAUGGUCCCAUAAUGGCUCCCCAUUGGAUGGGGCUAAAGACAACAUUGUGAGGUCUGAGCCGAAUGGAACAUUCUCUGUCUGCAGCACCAUCACUGUCGGCUCCCUAACCCCCCAUCGCAGGGGCACCCUGAGCUGUGAAAUCCAUCAUGUGGCCCUUAGCCAACCCCUGAGGUGUGAUAGCAGCCUGGGGGAGGAGCAUCCUUCUCUGCAGGUGUAUUACAGCAGAGAGGCUGAGAGCUCAGACAAGGCUGUGCCUGUCUCUGACACCAUCAGAACAAGUGUGGGCGGGUUCCUCAGGCUCUACUGCCACGUUGACGGCCAUUCCUCCUCCACUGUGCGCUGGUUCAGGAGAAACAGCACCUCCCAGUGGCUAAGUGUGGGUACUGACACAACACUUACAAUGCCUGAGGUGAAGCAGGAGGACAAAGGAAGUUACAUGUGCCAGACGGGUGUGUUCAACAGCUCUGUGAUGGUGGAGAUAGACACAGCUGGCUCGAUCCUAUGGCUUAAGACCCUUGCUGUGACCAUGCUCUUUGUUGCCAUGGUGCUCGCAGCUGCUGCCGCAUUCUUCUGCAUUACCCACAAGGCCAAGCACCGAGGUGAUUCUGUUAGCAGAAGUAAAAGUGAACCAACAAUAAAUGAAGGGAGAGGAGCAGUGGCCACACAAGCAGGCGAAUGCAUGAGGAAAUGGGAGAAUGUGGCUGUCAGGGUAACAGAAGCAGGCUGCCAGAGUGAACAGGAGGUACCAUACGCUGACAUCAUCAUUUCUGUGCGAGGAUCCAGCUCACCAGAGCUCUCAAAUGCGCCUGACUCAGCACCAGGGGAUUAUGGGAAGCGAUGGCAGGGGGAGGCCUCGCAAAGGGCCCUACUUCAGACGUCCCGCUCAGCCGACCGGCUCCAUGUACACCAGAGGGAGGUGGCCAGGAAGAUGAGCACUGGCUCUGAAUAUGCUGUCAUCACCUACUAUCCUUUGCCAAUGAGCUAAGGGCCGUGGACUCAGAGCUGCCCCCUGCUGUGUGUUUGUUAGCAUGGCACAUUGUUCAUGUGCUUUUUAGACAUUGCUUAGUAACCCGCUUACUGGUCUCAUAGACAGUUGUGUUGAACAUACCUGAUAAUGCAGUGAUGUCAUACUUGAAAGCCAAACUAUGCCAAGUUGACUGCAAGUAUUUUUAUCCUAAUAAAUAUUUUAAGA